AUGAACGAUCAUAAUCAUCAGCCAUCUGCUGCAGGUGGUAGUGGAGGAUCAUCAUCCUCUCCAACAGCGGGCUUACCUAUUGCCACGCCAGCAGCAACAACCAACAACACCACUACCAUUUCAUUAUCAGUAGUCAUUCAUAGACUUGUCGAACAAUCAUACAAUAAUCUAAUGUCGUUGACAGAGAGACUACCAAAAGAAAGUGAUAUUGAGAGAAAGAAACAAUUGGUUGACUAUUUAGAUGCUACAAGAGAAAAGUUUCUAAAACUACUUGUACUACUCAAAUGGUCACAACAUGUCUCUACUCUAACAAAAGCAAAUGAAAUAAUUGAAAUGUUAAACAAAGAGGAUAAUUAUUUUAGAGAUGCUGCAGAUCAUUUAAUGAUGACAAAGGAUGCAAUGAUCAAUGCUAGAGCACCAAUAUAUGAUGUACCUACUGCUAUUGAUGUCUUGACAACAGGUAGUUAUCAGAGAAUGCCAACCAAUAUUAAAAGGGUACUACCCCCUGCCCCACCUCUACCAGCUCAAAUUCAAUCGACUAUUGAAAAAUUAAACAGUAUCUUGAGAUACAAACUAUUUACUCUUGAUAUUCCAAAAGAAUUUGAUCCAAUUAAAGUUGAGGAUGGAAAAGCUCAUAUAAAGGUUGAAAAUGAAUAUGAAUGUUUUCUGUCUAUUGACGGUGGAUCGGAUAAAUCUAAUUGGAUAUUGUUAAGCUUUAACUUGUUUAUCUAUUCUCAAAAAGAUCGAGAGGGAGAAGGCCCCAUCAAGGUUGCUUAUGACGAUAAAAUGAAGCAAGUUCAAGAUAGAAUACAAGCGAGAAUAGUCACUAGUAAUCAACCACUUUAUGAACUACACAACAUGUUGCACUACCUCGUCGUAUCAUCGCAACUGAGCAUACUUUGUGCUCAAAGCGAAAAUCUUAAAAAAACAAUCCUAAAGAAUAGUACAAGAUGCAUAUUUGGAAAAGAUGUCAAGGAUCAAUCGAUCACUGUAUUUUAUUGGAUACCAGAGGAAUUGGCAAACACUUUUGAUCACAAAAAACCAAAUAUCUAUAUCAAGAUUGCAAUCGACCCAGAUACUCAAAAAUUAAUUAUUUCCCAUGUUCCCUCUCUAACUCAUCCAAAUAUCCCAAACUACACUUUUAAUGUCGCAUCAUUAAAUUUGGAAAAUAUUUUAUUUAGCGCUAUUGAAUUACAUGGUUAUUUAAGAUUACAAAAACUAAAUGUUAUACUCUAUGAGGAAAGAUUAAAACAACAAGUAAAAUCUUUUGACGAUAUUAAAUUAAUUGGUUCAUGUGGAUUUGAAAACAGUAGUGUUGUCUCGUCGACCGAUCAAAAACAAAUGAUAGAUGACGAAAGUUUAGCAGCUACCCUUUUCAUUAAACUAUAUGGAAGUAAUAACCAUUUGGACGUUUCUGUAAACUUUCAAAACGGGAAAUAUACUCUUUAUCACUCUACCUUGAAAAAUAGAGAUUUAUUAUUAAAUCUAGAGACCAGAUUGAACAAUGAUAAUAUGGAAAUUAAAUCAAUUGUUAAUUUCUUUAGAUUAAAAUCAUUAUUAUCAUGUAUAGAAGAGGCUGCAGUAUUUAUGGAAAUGGAAUGCUUUUACAAGAUACCAAUACAAAAUGAUAUUUUAAUUCAAACACUUUUGGAAUCAAAUGGACAAUAUAUUUGCAUUAGAUUUUCAAAUGAAAACGAAAUAUUUUAUCUCUUUGUUACCAUUCAAAAUACAUCAACAACUACCAACUCUUCAUCUGUAUUUACGCCGUCCAUCUUUUUAUUCAAUAAUAACAACAAUAACAACUCGUCACAACCUACGAUAUUUAAAAUGGACAGUGACGAAGAACUAACCAGUCUCAUUCAACAACAACCAUCCAACACAACUGAACAAAACACUAAAUUUCAAAAACAAAUCAACAACAUACUUUAUAGAUUGGUAGAGAGUGCCAAGAAGAAAAUCAAAAUAUUACAAGCCUCUCUACUCUUGUCAAAAGAAAACAUUGCCCAUACCAUUAUUCCCCAACCGUCCUCUUCCUCCUCCCUUACCGAAUCAAUGCAACACGAAACUAUUUCUUUUUUAUACCAACCAAACAAUUCAGUUAUCCAAACAAACAAGAUGUAUUUAUCAUUCUAUGGCAACGACAGUGAUCAAUCACAUCAACAAUACUGUACAAUUUCAUUUUAUGAUAAAUCACCACUUGUUUUUAUGAAUGAUCAAGUAGACCAAUCCAAUACCACCCAACAACAACGUCACCCAGCAUCAUUUGUACAAAAUGACCAUAUUAGUCAUUCCUUGUCAGGUUUGUGGACUUUUACCUACUCUACAUUUUCCAACAACAAUUGGCUAAAUUCAUUCCAAAAUGACAUUCAAUCGGUUAACAAGAUGCUUUCUCUCAGUAUGCAAAUGAUUAAACAAUUAAACUCGACACCAAAAUUAUCUUUAAUCUUCCAUAUCGAUCACAUAGCUCCCCUUGAACUUAAAUUAACUUGUACAAAUAUUAAUACACCAAAUGAUUUAAAGCAUACCAUUCGAAUUUAUGUGAAUCAAAGCAAAAACUAUUCAAUUGAAUACCAACCAUUUGUUAAUCCCUUGGUUCCAUUUUAUGAGAGAAUUCUAAAUUAUAACAAUACCAUUUCAACCAAUACAACAAUAACAACUAUUACUACGACAAAUAAUAAUAAUAAUACCGCCAACACCUCACCUUCAAAUACCACACCAACCACCUCUGCUCCACCAACAAUGGCAACCAAAAUCAAUGAUCAAACACCAAAUUCUAUCCUCAAUUUUCUAAAUUCGAUUGCAAUAUCAAAUGAAAUGGUAUAUGCCGUACAAUCUCUCAUAUAUCCAUCCACAACCACCUAUUUCCCACCACUAGAGACCGUUAUUAUACCUCGAAACAGUACUCAUAUUAGAUUGGUUUAUAGAAACCAACACGCACUUGAUGUUAGAGCAGUGACAACAGAACAUUGUAUUGUAGAAGAUGCCUAUUUCUCAACGGCCAGUCUCUUGAGUUCACAACAAUCGCAAACACAAAAGAAACUACUGUCACCAAUACCAUCUCUCCACCAAGUUAUGGAACAAAGACUUGGACAUCCAUCAAUGGACAAUCCAUUGGGACAACGUACCUCUUGGUUGGUCCCUUUGAAAACCCUCAAAUCAACCGUACACAACAUACUUUGCUUUUUAAACUAUCAUUAUCUUGUAAAGAAUUUUGCUAGUCUUAUUAAAAAUCAUUACAAAGAUGCUCAAUAUGCACCAAAUCAAUUAAAAUUUGUAAAUGAGAAUGUAUCGGUCAUUGUACAAGUCAGGGAAUACAUCCAAGUAGAUAUGGAAGCUACAAAUACUAGACCAGAUUCAUCACCAAGCAAGUUUGAACUGGAUACAUUAUCUAUAUUUUUCAAAAAGAAUACUCAACUUUCAUACAGAACGCAAACCAUUAUAUCUCUUGUUAAUUUCUUUACACUUCCCAUAAAAGUAUGGAUAGAGUUGUGUAAAAUUAUAAGAAGUGGUAUCAAUGAACCAGAAGAUAACAAACCAAAGUAUAAUAUGGAAUUACUUUUGAAUACAUCCAAUUUGCACCCCAGAGAAGCACUGAUUCACCUAAAAGACAGACAAAUAUUAAUGUUGAUCGUUAGAUUCUUUUCCAAACAACAAGAGAUCUAUGUCGAUUUUCCAUUGUUGUAUGAUUACCAAAAUGCAACCGUUAGAUAUUGGAACAAAACCAUGCCAACCUCUAUCAAUGCCGAACAACAACAACAACAACAACAGCCACCAACUGGAGAAUCGCAAAACAAAAAGAUGAUGGCCAUUAAUAAUCUUACAGAUUUGGUUGAUUUUACAAACUCUUUAAAAUCAUCACAGGCUCCUCUCUAUAUGUUUUGUCAGAAAUUAUCAUAUCAUAUUGAUCAUUUAUUCCCAACAACAACAACAACCACGACAACUUCUACAACUUCAAUCCCUGUUGUUACAAACCCUCAAUCUGUGACUAUACCCAUCAACAACGUCUCUUUACCAACACAACCGACAUUCAAUGCUCCACUUACUUCUGUUAUCACCUAA